CUCACCUAACCUAACCUACCCUAUCUUAGCGGUACACAACAAGCGCGCCGAUGUGUGAAGGACGCCGAUGUCGCCAGGCCAGACUCUCGGAUAGUCCGAUUAGCUGAAACGCGUGUGCUCUCGACUCAUUGAGAUGGGCCGACGAAAGAGUAAACGAAAACCGCCCAGCAAAAAGAAGGCCAUUCAACCGUUGGACACGCAGUUCAAUUGCCCGUUCUGCAAUCACGAAAAGUCGUGCGAGGUUAAGAUGGACAAGUCCAGGAGUACCGCCAGGAUAACCUGCAGGGUAUGCUUGGAGGACUUUCAGACGUCGAUAAAUCUGUUGUCGGAACCCUUGGAUGUAUAUAAUGACUGGAUCGAUGCCUGCGAGACCGCUAAUUGAGCAUCGAUUCGACGUAAUCAUAAGAUAGAUGUAUUUAUACGAUAGAUUUUUUAUUUACGAUUCUACCCGCGUCUUCUUACAAGUUUUAUAAAUGUCAACUGUCACGAGUGAAGGUGUACAUCUGUUAAUCUGGCCGCCCUAUCACAAAAGUGUGUAAUUAAGUAAACAUCAGUUAAAGACCUUUGAUCUCGAGGAGUGGGUAAGAGUGAAGUUUGUUAUAAUUACACAGUCACAAAUAUUGUAAAUCUUGAUGCAUAUUGUAAAAUAUUUAACUGUCUCUGGGUCACACGUUAAAUGUCACGUUAGUAUAAUUUAAAGCCUGAUUUCGCCAAACGCCACUUAACUUUGAUCUUAGCUGAGUUUGUGUUUGUGUCUCUGUCUAAAGUAACAGUUGGAAGGAGACGAGGAACGAAUUAAGCGAGGCUUAAAGUUAAUCGACGUUGAUGAAACCGGGUCUAAGUCUAAUAUUACCAUAUCUGUGUACUGUGCACUGUAUAUAAUUUUAUUUCUCACGAUAAAACUGAUGAAGAUGAGCAUAUAUUCUAUAUAACUGCUGCAAAGAGCUAUGUUUCCCCAAUGUCUUAUUCAAAUCUUUUCUCCCCACGAUUACUUGCAAAGAACACCGACUCCGAUCAUGUACAGUAGCGUAAGAUUGACAGCGCGGAUUUGUCAUUUAGCGAUUAUCGAAUGUUUACCGUGCAAAUAAAAAGUGCAGAACAAAAACAA